AUGGAGAGUGUCUCGUGCAAUGUCAUUUAUGUCGACCGGUGCGUCGCGCAGGAUCGCUCCGUAAAGGCUGCGGAUUGGGCCUGGGAGAAGGAUCCAUCGCGCUGGGAAUCGACGCAUCUGGCCGAAAAUGUCGGCCUGCUCUUGCAGGUUUUCGACGAAGUUCAUCUUUGCAGCGCCGGGGGCGCUUGCUUGACCCAAUGGCUGAGCCUUCAGGAAGCUUCGAUUGUCGCCCUUAGGCCGACUCUUUUCAUCCUUGAUACUCCCUUUCAGGAAUCUUUCCCUGAGAAGUCGCGUUCGAGAUCCCCGUCUCCCUCUCGGUCAUCGCUGCGUGACGACCGCGAGAGUCAGGAGGAAGAGUUGUACGGCUUGCCGUUGCUGCAAAGGAUCAUUUCCGAAUCCUACCUUCGAAACACGUCAAAACUGGUCGUCACCGUCCCCAUUGUCGGCUUCCCCUAUGGCGAUCACCAACCGGGUGGUUCAAAUGGGACCAAUGGCUCAGGACUCGGCAUGGGCACUGAUUGGAACCUCAAAGAGCGUCGGUCGGCUAGCACACGAAUGAUGAAGCGCUGCCUCGACCUGGGAGCGACAGAUGUUAUGACGAACCCGAUGAAUGUCGCCAGUGUCGCAAACCUCGAGGUGCAUGCUUAUCGUGCCUAUCGCGAUGCUGCCCGGGAUCAAAAGGCCAUCCUUGAGCUUCGACGGGGCCGGAAACGGUCAUGGGUAGGAGUAAACGAGGAGAAGCCGUUUGCUUAUUUGCGGGAGGCCAUGGUUUCAAACCUCAUGAACUGGAUCUGCCGCAUCGGGAGUGAAGCGGAAGAAGGUUUUAGUGGGCCUAUCAGAUUAUCUGUGCCUGCUGACAAACAGGCUGAGAUUUCCUCGGCCGUCGGCCAAUGGCACUUUUGCGCCCAUGAGUUUACCGACGACGAACUCGUCGUCGCGGCAUCUGUUAUGUUCAAACAUGCCCUGGCUAUUCCUGAACUAGGGCCGUGGAGGAUAUCAAAUGAGCAGCUCCUCCGCUUUCUCCUUGCUUGCCGUACGGCCUACAAUGAAUUCGUCCCCUAUCACAACUUCCGACAUGUGGUUGAUGUCUUGCAGGCCACAUUCCAUUUCCUUGUCUGCAUCGGCGCCUUGCCGCCGUAUCGUUACUCCGGGGGCGUGCUUUCUGAGGCGCGUCCAAAGUCCCCAGUGGCCAAGCUUUUGCAGCCAUUCGAGGCGCUUACUCUUCUUAUCACAGCUAUUGGCCACGACGUUGGACAUCCAGGGGUCAACAAUGGUUUCCUAGUGACACUGAAUGCCCCUCUCGCCCAGCUGUACAACGACCGCUCCGUUCUAGAAUCCUUCCACUGCGCCGCAUACUCGCAGAUUCUACGGAGGUACUGGCCAUCAGCCUUUUCAGACACCAAGAUGCGCGCUCUCAUGAUUAGCUCCAUCCUGGCCACCGAUAUGGGGCUGCAUUUUGACUACAUGAAGAAGCUUGCCGAUCUCCAGGAGAAACUCCGCGCGACGAGCAGCAUCGACGACUGGCCCGAGGCGGCGAAGAACGAACAGAAAUCACUCGCAUGUGCCCUGCUAAUUAAAUGUGCCGACAUUAGCAACGUUGCGCGGAGACACGAUACUGCUCUGCAGUGGUCUCAGAUCCUCUCCGACGAGUUUGCCCGUCAGGCAAGUAUGGAGAUGGAGCUGGACAUUCCCACAUCUCUCAUGUCUGUCCCCAAAAAAGACACCAUCUCGCUGGCCAAUUCUCAAACGAAGUUCAUGAACGUCUUCGCAAUCCCUCUCUUUCAAACGGCCGCCGACCUGCUCCCGGCUAUGCAGUACUGUGUGGACGAGCUUCAUGUGAACAAGAGGUUAUUCGACCGACUGCUCAUCGAAGGCCCCGAACGGCCAUCCCCUUGCUUGACGUCUCAACGAGAUAAUGGCGGCGAGUUCUCGUCCAAAACGAUCGGCCUUGCAGAUGCGACAGAACCGGUCAGAGACGCACCGCAAGCUAGUACAAGGGCAUCGCGAGCACUUCCGGAGGUGGUUGAGCCUCAACGAACACCCAAUUCUGUCGUCACGCAGCAGAGUGAAUCGUUACCAAGGUCGUAUCAGAAUUUUAGGAGACCUGCUGAUGGCCUGGCUGUCAACGGCAUCGUCACUAAUUUCUCCUCACCGACUGAUUUUUGUCCUGGAGAGCCUUUCAAUCCCAGCAACUACCAACCACAAGGCCACAGCAGGCAGCGCUGCAGCGAAACCACAGAGGGAAGUUCGGCACGGUAUACAGGUGACUGGGCUUCACAAGCGACGAGUGCCACCACCGGCAAGAUGCCACUAUCCCCCAGCACCCAAGGCACAAGCAUCGUCAGCAAGGACUCGUUUGAGCGCCUGAACAGCAUACAGGCCACCAGCACGACCGCGCCGGACUCGGCAGUGUCGGCCCCUGAAUCGGCUAGGAGCGAACCCGACUUCAAGCUUGACAGCUACCCUGCGACCGACGAGGAAGACCCAGCCUGGCGGAAUGCCCAGUUCCAGGGCGCGAAGAACAACCAUGCAAACAGCAACAUGACCAGCAGCGGGACCCUGGAACCUGAGCCAGGGGCGUGUAGGCAGCUUAAGAAGAAGCCUAGCCGAUUUAGGCUCAAUGUCAAUGGGCUGCAGUCGUUGUUUAAGAAGCAUAAGAACUCGUCGAGUCCGCCCAUGCAGGCUGCUGACACCGGUUGA